CCCUUAGAACUUCACUUCACAAUUUCACAAAUGCAUCAGAGAGUCAGUAGGCAACUACAUUUUUUUUUCCCUUUCUGACAUAUCCCCCAGGACAAGUUUCUGGCGCUGUUGAUCCAUUUAGAGAGCGGUUUUUGAUUUCUGGAAGUGAAAAGAAAUCAUGGGGAAUUGCUUGAAGACAUCCAGAUCAAGGCAGCUGGUGGAAGAAGAGGAAAUAGAAGAGCAGCUAGGAGAGAUUCGUGAAGCAACGGGGUUUCAGAAGGGAAAUGAUGGUAUUGGGAAAGGGAGCAUAAAAGUGAAGAUAGUGCUUACAAAGGAGGAGCUAGAGUUGUUUCUGCUGAAGCUGAAGAACAACAAUGGAGGGAAGAGCUUCGAGGAUCUUUUGGCGGAAAUGGAGAAAGCGAGGUCGGGAAAAGCAGAUUCUUGGAGACCUUCAUUGGAGAGUAUCAUGGAGGUCGACGACCCUGAAGAGCUUGAAAUGGACAGAUCAUGAUGAAGCUUCAAUCCUUCUUCUUACUUUUACCCCUUGUGGUUUUUGUAAACUACUACAUCAUCUUCUUCUCCUCUUUGAGGUUUUUGAUUCCAGAACCUCUUUUUACUUGGGUAACUCGACGUACGGCAGGAUCAGAAUCUUUCCUUGUUUUUUUUUCUGGUCCUUUCCCUCUGGUGAUGAACCAAGUUCCAAAUGUUUCUCUCCCUUACUUAGCUAGGAGUUUUUGAUACAUAUAUAGACUGAACUUUCUCCCUUUACCAUAUAAACUCAGAUCUUUUAUUCAAGCUUUCCGAAGUUAAGUAUGGAUCUAUCCAUAUGUACUUGAGCGGUUGAUAGAUUUUAAUGUUGAAUAUAGAUACAGUUACUUUAAGUAAAACUCCUGAUAUUUCAUUUUUA